ACUUUGACCGGUAGUCCGUACAGUUGUGCCUAAUCCAUUAUAUCAUCAUCACAAUCCUUGACUUUACUUUUCUCAUCUACAGGAAUAGCUCACGAUUUUUGGUGUUAUGGCAUCAUCGAGUUUUGUAAGUUUUGUGAAUGUGGUUGGAAUCAAGUCGUUGAAAUCUGAUUUUCAAACUCCUACAUCAAUUGGUGGAUUCAUCAAGCAGAAGCCACGAGUUGUCCUGGUGAAAGCAGCCGCAGAAAGCGAGAGCGGAAAUGAAUGGGCAAUUAAGAAGACGCAGAUGAGCGAUGCGCAGUGUGAGGCUGCUGUGGUUGCUGGAAAUGCUCCCCCCGCUCCUCCGGUUCCUCCGCUUCCUGCUUCGCCUCCCGGGACUCCUCUUGUUUCUCCCCUCCCGCUUAGUAGGCGUCCUCGUCGUAACCGUAGAUCUCCUGUAUUUAGAGCUGCAUUCCAGGAGACGACCUUAAGCCCUGCCAAUUUUGUGUAUCCCCUUUUUAUACAUGAAGGUGAAGAGGAUACACCGAUUGGUGCCAUGCCGGGAUGUUAUAGGCUAGGAUGGCGACACGGACUUGUGGAAGAGGUGGCAAGGGCAAGGGAUGUGGGUGUUAAUAGCAUUGUGUUGUUCCCAAAAGUUCCUGAUGCAUUGAAGUCUCCAACAGGAGAUGAAGCAUACAACGAAAAUGGACUAGUUCCUAGAACCAUACGGUUGUUAAAAGACAAAUACCCCGAUCUUAUCAUCUACACUGAUGUUGCACUAGAUCCUUAUUCAUCUGAUGGACAUGAUGGCAUUGUCAGAGAGGAUGGAGUUAUCAUGAAUGAUGAAACUGUACAUCAGUUGUGUAAACAGGCUGUUGCCCAGGCUCGAGCAGGUGCAGAUGUGGUCAGUCCCAGUGAUAUGAUGGAUGGUCGGAUUGGUGCCAUUCGUGCUGCACUUGAUGCGGAAGGGUUCUCGCAUGUGUCUAUCAUGUCCUAUACUGCAAAGUACGCAAGCUCAUUUUAUGGUCCAUUUCGAGAAGCACUAGAUUCAAAUCCUCGUUUUGGAGACAAAAAGACUUAUCAGAUGAACCCAGGAAAUUACAGAGAGGCACUCAUUGAGACCCGUGAAGAUGAGUCUGAAGGAGCAGACAUUCUACUAGUGAAACCUGGUCUACCCUACUUGGAUAUCAUAAGACUUCUACGGGAUAACUCAUCAUUACCCAUUGCAGCUUACCAGGUCUCAGGGGAAUACUCUAUGAUCAAGGCUGGCGGUGUUCUUAAAAUGAUCGACGAAGAAAAGGUUAUGUUAGAGUCAUUAAUGUGUCUCCGUCGUGCAGGUGCUGACAUCAUUCUUACAUAUUUUGCUUUACAAGCUGCCAGGAGCUUAUGUGGUGAGAAGAGGUGAGACGAAUUUUGAUAUCAUUAGAUCAGCUCAACUAGUUAACCGGGCUUAGAUCUAUAUCAGUCAUAUUGAUUGAUUAUGCACUAAGACGUGAGCUGUGAUGCCAAAGCAUCUAUAUUAGCAGUGUUAUGAGUGUUUUUUACCUGUAAAUUGAAGUGUAUUAAUUUUACGAUUCUACCUAAGAUUGCAUAAUAACGGAGUACCCUCAGUUACUUGGA